GCCGCGCGGCCAUAUGCUGCUGCCGUGCCGGGUCGCCCUGCUGUGGGCCUCGGCGGCGACCGCGGGCCUCUGCUCCGAGAGGCCCCCCGCCACGAGGCGGCCUCCUUCGCUGCGCGUCAACAGCACCGCGACCCUGGCGGAGCUCGAAGACUCCGGCCUGGAGCGCGAUGGGCACCGCGGCCUCGACGCCCACGGCGCCGG